AAUGAACUAUUCACAACCAUCUAUCAUUAUUCCACAAAAUACCACGUCUGUGGAAGAUUUUUGCAACGACGGUAUGGCUUGUCUUUCAUUGAGUGAGUUUACUCAAAACGCAAGCAAUACAUUUCCAAUGUACGAGGCAUCGGUACAUCCAACUCAAGAAAAUCUACAGAUCAACGACAAUCAAACUUAUGAUAUGGCUCAAGGUUUUAUCAAUCCAUAUGUGACUAUUGAGUCACAAUCGAUGUCUGGCUUAUCCACUAUCCCAACUCAACAACAACUUCAGCUCAACGGGAGUUGUGUCAUUCAUGACUCAUAUCGCAAUGCAACUUUUUUAUCGGCCACGGUACCACCAACAAUUGAUCCUCUUCAUCAGGACAUUUUACCAGCAUCUGUUUCACACCAUACGUACAUAAGUUCAUAUCCUUCAUACAAUACUCUUGAAGUGGUUAGAGCCCAGCUCAAUGCAUUACAAAAUUCAAGCACUAACCAAACUCAAGAAACAUCCUCUCGUGAAACCAACUUAUCGUCUUCAGUCACAAGGGAUGAGGUAGACCCAGUGGAUAGAUAUAUUGAUUGGGGUAAAGUUGAAGAAAGUGGUAUUGGACUUGAUCCGGUUGAAGUCCUCAAGGCUUUAGGUUUUGGAAGCAAUGAGAAGAAGCUGAACCAGUUUCCGAUGAUCGGUACAAGCCAAAGUCCGAUGAGUUGCCAUCUUCUGGUUUUCAUAGGUGGAAAGUAUGAUCUUGCUAGCAUUUGUCAAGAUGCUAAUGCAGAGUUGAUUAUACCUUUAGAAGUAACUGAAAUUGUGUCUGCUGGGAAGAUUGCUCGGCGAGUUGCAAAAGUUCGUUACCCUGAACCAAACGAGCUGCUUCAGCAAAUGAAGGCCAGGACACAACAGAAGCUUGUUGGAUCAGUGACGAAUUCCUCUAAGAAAUCAUCUAACCUAAUUCAAAACAGCCGGCAUAAAAGCGGUACACGUAGCAGCAAACCGAAGAGCAUGUUCUCUAGCUUCACCGAGACUCCUAAAUCGCCAAAAAGAAAACAUUUAGAGUCCUCCAGAAGUGUCUAUGACUUGCUGGUUUUACACAAAUUAAACCAAGUCACUGAUCUAUACAGAGAAAAGAUCACAAGAGAUCAAGAUGAUUAUGAGGUAGUACGGAAGGGUCUUGCUGAGUUUUACCACCCUGGAAAAGAGUAUAAUCUCUGUGUUGCUUCAAGAUACUUUAAGGGACCUGAACUACUUCUCGUGGACUAUUCUUUGGAUAUGUGGAGUCUUGGUUGUAUCUUUGCUGGGAUGUUGGUCCGUAAUGUCACGACCAUCGCGUUCCUUCCGCGGGGCCAUUCCACUAGGGCAGGUGAACGUGCUUCAGUGAGGGGCGUGCAGGACUCAGACUCAGAAGAGGGGAUUCGGCCAUCCCUGCACAAACUGGUCGUGAUCUGGAGCCGAUCACUUGAUGAGCACAAGGCAGGGCGAAACCAGUCGGAGAUGGUCGAUGCGCCCGUAACGAGACGGGUAGGCGGGGGAGCCUUGUUCGGUGGCGUAGAAAUGGUCGAGGGAGAGGUGUCCGUGAAGACCAAGGCAGAGGUGCCGAGUCAUCGAUUUGAAGUGGGGUAUGUCACGACCCGUUUUCUUGGGAUGGUUCGUGACAGUCGCGUUGCUUCCGCGGGGCCAUUCCCUUUGGAGUUACGUGCUUCAGUGAGAGGCGUGCAGGACUUAGACUCAGAAGAGGGGAUUAGGCCAUCCCUGCACAAACUGGUCGUGAUCUGGAGCCGAUUACCUGAUGAGCACAAGGCAGGGCGAAACCAGUCGGAGAUGGUCGAUGGUAGGAAGGUUGGAUCGGGGCAAUACUGGGAUUUUCGACCGCCGCACGGUCUUCUGAGAAAAGCCCGUGACAUGUGGUAUCAGAGCCAAGAACGUUGUGUGUUGUCUGCGCUUAGCGCCCGUAACGAGACGGGUAGGCGGGGAGCCUUGUUCGGUGGUGUAGAAAUGGUCGAGGGCGAGGUGUCCGUGAAGACCAAGGCAGAGGGCGUGCACAUUGAUGGGUGGGGGAGAAUGUCACGACCCGUUUUCUUGGGACGGUUCAUGACAGUCGCGUUUCUUCCGCGGGGCCAUUCCACUAGGGCAGGUGAACGUGCUUCUAUGAGGGACGUGCAGGACUCAGACUCAGAAGAGGGGAUUAGGCCAUCCCUGCCUAAACUGGUCGUGAUCAGGAGCCGAUCACCUGAUGAGCCCAAGACAGGGCGAAACCAGUCAGAGAUGGUCGAUGCGCCCGUAACGAGACGGGUAGGCGGGGGAGCCUUGUUCGGUGGCGUAGAAAUGGUCGAGGGCGAGGUGUCCGUGAAGACCAAGGCAGAGGACGUGCACAUUGAUGGGUGGGGGAGAAUGUCACGACCCAUUUUCUUGGGACGGUUCGUGACAGUCGCGUUGCUUCCGCGGGGCCAUUCCACUGGGGCAGGUGAACGUGCUUCUAUGAGGGGCGUGCAUGACUCAGGUUGGAGAGUCCCUUUGGAAUUAGACAGAACAACUCGGGUGGAGUUUGAGUGUCUGUCGCUGAUCGAGGAUCAGACUCAGAAGAGGGGAUUAGGCCAUCCCUGCCCAAACUGGUCGUGAUCUGGAGCCGAUCACCUGAUGAGCCCAAGACAGGGCGAAACCAGUCGGAGAUAGUCGAUGGUAGGAAGUCGGGCAAUACUGAGAUUG